GGCGAGUGGAAAAGGAGGGAAAUUGCAAAAAAAAAACAUUAUACGUGGUAAUUCUCUCAAGUAUUAAGACUUUUUCGCUUUAUAGAUAUGUUGGGGAUUUGAUUGUUUCUCACUUGUGUUGUAGCCUGCAGCUCUUUCUUUGCCCUUUUGCAACUUACUCUGAAAACUCCCAGAGGCUUCAGUUGGAGAAGUUUUAAACUCUCUUUUACUCUCUCUUUUAUUCUCUCUCUCGCACACUCACUCCUCUCCGCUCAAACCAACAGUCAGACGGGAGCACACACACAGCCACACAUGCACAGGAUGCAAACAGAGUGCAGCCCAGGACCAAGAUAGACAACCGAGAGAGAGAGAGAGAAAUCCUCUUCUCUAUCACUGAGUUUAGUGUGAGGAGGUUCAAGCAAUUUAUUCUGACUGAGUGGACUGCAUUUCAUACCAUGGGAGGACAAACUGAAAUAGAAGAAGAAACCAACAAACACUAUCUGUAAAGGACCACAUUUCAUACUGGAUUAUUGGGCUUUCCUCUCUCAAUCUUUGGCAUGGUGAUGUCCUAGAUUACCAGCACGUAUUGAAGAGGCUGCUUGUUCUGGACCACAGUGGACUUUGAGGGUCUUUCUCUGAGUGUGAGUGAGUGUGUGUGUGUGAGCGGGAUCAUGUCAAAAGGACAUUUCACUUGCCUGUUGAGGGGACUUUGGGUACUGUGGCUGUGGCAAGCUGAUCUUGUGUCGGGUAGUAAGCUCUGGGAAGUACCCAUAGCCCUCUUUGGAUCUUUCUCCAACCACACGACUAGCCUGGAAUGGGAGCCACAGUGUCAGUAUCCCCACCUGCAGGACGGCAUCAGAAUCACAGCCGACAUUCCCCCAAGACUGGAGGGCAGCUGGGUGUCAACAAGAUGUGAAGUUCGGCCUGGCCCUGAGUUCCUGACCCGUUCCUACACCUUCUACCCAAGCCACCUGUUCAAAGCCCUGCAACACUACUACACUGACAGUGGGUGCGAGGAGCCCGCAUACUCUCUGGUGGCCCGGGGCAAGCUCCGUCUGCGCCAGGCUUCCUGGAUCACCCGGGGCGCCACCAAGACGGAGCACCACCUCCACAAAGUGGGCAUUGUCAUCCACAGCCCAGGCGCAAUGCACCAGCUGGCAGCCCGUCUACCCUCCGUGUGUGUGGGCCUCACCUUGGGUGGCAUGGUGCCCGGGCGCCUGUACGAGCUGUACAAUGCCCGGGCAGGGAGGGACUGUCUGGGUGCCUCGGGGUACUCGAUGAUGGAGUUGGGCUUGGUGAGAGUGGAGACCCAGCAUCAGCCCCAUGGAGGUUUGGUUCAGGAGCUCUUCCUUGGGGACGUGCACACAAACUGGACCCAGAGGACGUACUAUCGACCAAUGGGCUACCAACAGCCACUGCAGAAUGCUAUGCACCACAUCCACCCCUGCCCAGCGUGCGCCUUGCUGUUCCGGGCCUCAGAACAGCGCCCCCCCGUGUUACCCCAUGUCCCUGCAGCAACGUCUCUGUCCUUGGACGGCCGAUGGGUGAGCCAACGUUGCGAAGCCCGGCCCUCCGUCCUCUUCCUCACCCGAGACUUCACCUUCCGACCAGAUGAGCAUUCCUGGGAAGGCCUCUACCGCCACUACUCGGAACCCACUUGCAGCCAGCCCACCUUCACCCUGCGGGCUUCAGGCCACUACGCCCAGGGAGGCCCCUCAGCCAAAGUGGCGGGAGGGACUGAGUUCGUCUUCAAGGUAACCCGGGCCAGAGUCACGGUUCUGGAAGGGGCCACGGCCAGGGUGCUCAAUGAGACUAGGCGGGGCAGCUGCGGGAAGGCAGGGGCGUGGGAGGUGGGAGUGGAGCAGGACGUGACCCCCACGGAUGGGUGUACCGUCCUGGGGAUCAAGCUGCCGCACAAGGAGUAUGAGCUGUUCAAGACGGAGCUGGACCAUCGACGGCGCACUCUGCUGUUCAUCGGGGAGAGGCCGACGGAUGGCUCCAGCCCUGACCGGCCCCAGAAGAGGCCCACGUCUUACCAGGCCGCCCUGGUGCAUUGUUGCGAGGAAGACACCCCCACGUCGCAACGCCACACCAACCAGCUCAAGCUAGCAGCUAGUGGAACCAGUAACCUACCACGGCUCCCUUUCUUUGUCCUAGUACUGGUCUCUUUACUGUGGGGUUGGUACUGUGUGUUCUAGAGACAACCUGAACAUUGGAGAAGAACACACAAACGAUGGUGGAGCUGCUCGCGGUCUAUAAGGAAACUCCAUGUGCUCCUCCUCAAUAUCAAGAUAAUGCCAGACCACAUAAUAGAUGGCCAAAGCUAUCUUCAAGAAAACUGAACAUAGACUGUCAGUGUAUCCAUGUUGCAUAUCUAUCAUAUUAUAUGUGUCUCAUUUUCUUUUCUUUUAAACCGGAGAUGCCUUUUGGCAAAUGUUUAAGUCACAUAAGCGUUCCUUUUCUAAAGAGUGGCAGAUUCAGACUUAGGAAAGCCGUGCGUUUCCUGUGUACUUCUCAGUAUUUGGUAUUCAGACUUACCUUAUUCCGUCACGUAACGCUCUCUGCAGGUGUGGCUACCUUCCGCGCUCCAGGUGUCAACAGGUGUUGACAAGAAGCAAAUUGAUUCUCAUUGGUCCUGAUCUAUGAUCUAUGAUCUGUGUCCAUUUUUGAUAGGAGGAAACCCAGACAUGACCAGUGCACUAAUUAGACCCUAGUUCAGAAUGCUUUUAUACAUUUUCCUCACAAUGUUGGAGUGCCCACAAGCGUACUGCUGCCCAAUAUCCUCCAAUAUAACAUUGGUGAACUCAUUGUAGAGAGAAGACAUACAAACCAUAUUUAUUGUCAUUAAUUUACUAAUUUUGAUA